UAUCAUAGCAUAGAUAGAUACACCGUCCUAGCACAAUUAUGGUCUAGUAAAGUAGAGUGGAUACUAAAGGAAGUGGUUAACUUUUAGGAGUAGGACGCAAUGCAGAAAUUCAGAGGUGGGCAAAAAGCAGCAGAACUGAAUUUGAAGUAGUUAUCUCAAUGUCAAACAAUGCUUCGUAUUUGCAUUUGGCAUCGCUACGAGUCCCUGAUACUAGUUUCAAGCGAGAAAAUGGAGAAUGGGAUUGACAAAGAAAGUGGGUCAAUGUUGUUUAGUGAAGAGGAGUUGAUAGAGGUAAGUGGACUGAAGAAAGGAGGGGAUUUUGUAGAAGUGACAUGCGGGUGUACUAGCCAUAGGUAUGGUGACGCUGUUGGCAAGCUUAGGGUUUUCUCUAAUGGCCACCUGGAAAUCACAUGUGAAUGCACCCCUGGUUGCAAUGAAGACAAGUUGACUCCUGCUGCAUUUGAGAAGCAUUCUGGAAGAGAGACAGCUAGGAAAUGGAAAAAUAAUGUUUGGCUGAUAGUUAAAGGGGAGAAAGUUCCACUAUCAAAGACUGCAUUUCUAAAAUACUACAAUCAAGCAUCGAAAAAUGGCAAUGGUAUUCACAAAGCGCAUGGUGGAAGAGUUUGUCAUCGUGAUGAGUUUGUUCGCUGUAACAGGUGUAAGAAGGAGAGAAGAUUUCGAUUGCGGACAAAAGAGGAAUGUAGGAUUCACCAUGAUGCUUUAGCAGAUGUGAACUGGAAAUGUUCUGAUAUUCUAUAUGACAGAAUAACAUGUGAUGAUGAUGAAGAGAGAGCAAGUCGCAGGGUAUACAGGGGUUGCUUCCGUUCUCCAACAUGCAAGGGUUGCACUUCCUGUGUGUGUUUUGGGUGUGAAAUCUGUCGGUUCACUGAUUGCAGUUGCCAAACUUGCAUUGACUUCAUUAGGAAUGCCGAAGCUUGAGUUAUUUUAAGGAUGGGGAUUCCUUUUUGUUGCUCUGGUUCCUUCGAAGACAUUGUCUUUCAUUACUAUUAAUUGCCAGUCCCUGAGUUCAGCACUCAUGGUGUCGUUAUCUGGUUUAAAAACUUCAUAUUAAUUUAUAUUUAGAUCUCAGCAUUGUUAUUUGGUCCA